ACAGUAGUAGCACACGAUAACUUCGACUUUCUAUUCUUUGCAAUUCUUUUGCAAUUUUUGCGAGAAGCCAGUUUGCCCUCAUUUACUGUUAAUGGCAUUUUUCCUUAGAUACCUGCACAUCACUCUUUUGUGUCUGAUCUGAACUUUCUUUGCUAUUCAUCUCCCAUAUAUACCAAUACCAAUGUGGUCAUUCGGAACUACCAUGACGAUGGCGAAGGAUAAAGAGCCUCCACCGUCGUCUUCCUCUUCAUCCCCCUCUACCCCUCCCAUAACCGAGUCUUCCGUUCAAUCUCCUCAAAAUAUAUUGCCACCACCCGAACCACGACCGCCAAUCCUGUCGCAACGCUCCCUGCAACAACUAGGCGUAUUUUUUGCCGGCGCAGGCUUUCUCGCCCUUUCGACUCUGAUCACGAGGCGCUCAGUCAAUAGGAAGAUUCGGGCAACGAUACCAAAAUUCUAUGAACCAAGCAAUCGUCCGUCCAAUACCUUGCCAUCAGACAGCUCUUUAAUAGCCCUCGAGGCUUUAAAUCUAGCCACCCUCAAUGUUAUGGGAUUUGGUAUCAUGGCUACUGGUGGCAUAGCUUGGGCAUUUGACAUCUCCAGCGUCGAGGAUUUAAGAAACAAGGCGCGACGACAUAUUGGUCCUGCCGGUGGGAAAACCGACGAGGAGGCGGAGCGUGAAGUGGAAGAAUGGGUGGCGCGUGUCUUACUGAGAAAAGACCAAGAAGAACAAGAGACCAAACCGCCACCAAAGAAGGACAAUUAAUCUUCUUGAGUUCAAAUACGAACACUGGCAAGAGAACGGAUUCGGCUCCUAGAGCACGUCUAGCCGAUCAGCCAUGUCUUCGCAAUGCCAUCCCUUAGUCGGUGAUUGGUGACUUGUAAUAAAGACUUUUGUGUCGAGCGAGCGAGAUACUUUUUGGGCAAGCCACACAGGAUUCUCUGUCUUAGCUACCUAUGUAUUACCACCGCGCUUACGAACGUACACUGUAUCUGUUGGGAGGUAUUCGCACUACAUACUUGGGUGGCGCUCAUUCGGCUUGACCUCUACCCGCCCAGGACUGCUUUCUCAUGACGGCCCAUGAAAUCAAAUUGAUCAACUAUCACCGACCUGCCG